GCUCAUUCCUGGGCUGAGACUUGAAGUGUACAUGAGCUGCCCAGGAGGCAGAGGGUGCAAGGUUCCCUGGCAGAAAUAAUGUCGUGUGUAUUAUCAGAGACUCAUGUCCGCAAUUCUGAGAAACAGGCGAGCUGCUUGUGAAAGGGCACUGGUGCUUCCUCAUUCUGCUGUCUGUUUCCUCCCGACGUGGCACAAAUAAAUAGGAAGCGCCUAGGGCUUGCUGCUACUUGGAGGCUCCCGAAGGAGGCUGCCUGUGCCCAAUGCAGAGAGAACCUACAUGGUGCCCUGGACAGUGAUCCUGCCUUGAUUGUGCCCUAAUCUUUGCACACCCACCUUGGUCAGAGCAUUCUGGGGUGAAAUAACACUUGUUCCAGUCAAGAUGUCCACUGACUAUCUAGCCAGACAGCAACACAGAACCCCAGGACAAUGAGGACAGCACCCUGCUCAUAGCUGCAGCCCACCUGGGCAGCCACCUGAAGCCCCAGAAUGGACCGGCAGAUGGCACUGACCUGGGGGAUGCUCUCCAUGGCCCUGCUGGCUCUCUGCUGGGGACCUGAUGUGACACAGGCACAAGAAACGGUCCCUGUGCAGACUCUGCAGUGCUACAAUGACUACACCCAACGAAUCAUCUGCAGCUGGGCGGACGUGGAAGAUGCCCAGGGCCUCAUUAACAUGACCCUCUACCACAAGCUAGAAAAGGACUAUCCAGUGUCCUGUGAACUCAGUGAAGGCCUAUUGUGGUCAGAUUGCCCGUCCCCACACCGCUGUGUGCCCAGAAGAUGUGUCAUCCCCUACACAAGUUUCAGCAUUGCAGAUGAAGACUUCUACUCAUUCCAGCCAGAUCGGGAUGUGGGCAUCCAGCUCCUGGUUCCAUUGGCCCAGCAUGUGCGGCCCCCACCUCCCAAGGACAUCAACAUCAGCCCCUCUGGGGACCACUUCAUGCUGAAGUGGAGCGUGCCCCUUAAGGAUGCCCAGAUCCCCUGGCUGUCACAAGAGGACUUACAGUUUGAGGUGUCUUACAAACGUCUUCAGGACUCCUGGGAGGAUGCCCCCAGCCUUCACACCAGCAACUUGUGGGCCGCUCUGGAGCCAAAGCUGUUCCUACCCAGCAACAUCUACGUGGCCCGUGUGCGCACUCGGCUGUCCCCAGGCUCAAGCUUUUCUGGAAGGCCCAGCACAUGGAGCCCUGAGGUGCAGUGGGACUCCCAGCCAGGGGACCAGGCCAAGCCUCAGAACCUACAGUGCUUCUUCGAUGGCACGCGGUUCCUCAACUGCUCCUGGGAGGUGAGGACCCAGAUGGCUGGCUCUGUUUCCUUUGGGCUGUUCUACCGCUCCAGCCCAGCGGCACCGGAGAAGGAGUGCUCCCCAGUGGUGGAGGAGCUGCAGGAUAGCCUCUGUACCCGCUACCACUGCAGUCUCCCCGUGUCCAACCCCAGUGCACACAGCCAGUACACAGUCUCUGUUCAGCCUCGGAAACAAGGGAAGUUCAUCAAGAGCUCUAGACACAUCCAGAUGGACCCUCCAGCUCUCAAUGUGACCAAGGAUGGAGACAGCUACAACCUACGUUGGGAAACUAAGAAAAUGGCCUAUCCUCACAUUGAGCACAAAUUCCAGGUCCAGUUCAAGAGGAAACCGGAGAGCUGGGAGGACAUCAAGACAGAAAACCUAGAUCGAGCCCACAGCAUGGUCUUGCCACUGCUGUUGCCGUCCACCACAUACGUGGCCAGGGUGAGGGUCAAGACCCUCCCUGACUACUAUGGAAUCUGGAGUGAGUGGAGCAAAGAGUGCACCUGGACCACCGAUUGGGUGAUGCCCACAUGGGGCAUGGUCAUCAUCCUGGUCCUCCUCAUCCUCAUCUUGCUUCUGGCCUUCCGCUUUGGCUGUGUCUAUGGGUACAGGCUGUGCAGGAAGUGGAAAGAGAAAAUCCCCAACCCCAGCAAGAGCCUCCUGUUCCAGGACGGAGGUAAAGGACUCUGGUCUCACAGCAGCAUGGCGACCUUUCCCACUAAGGACCGUACUCUCCAGGGGCCACAGAGCAACCUGGCGUCAUGUGCACAUUCGGGGGACAGUGAAGUGUCACCUCUCACCAUAGAGGACCCUAAAAUUGUCCGAGAUCCACCUGACACAACUCCAGCCGCCUCAUCCGCACCCAUGGAGCAGACUUCCAACGCCCAGCGAGACCCACCAACCCCUUCAGGCAGACCUGAGACCCAGACACCCAGCUUUGACUUCAAUGGUCCCUACCUGGGGCCUCUCCAGACCCACUCCCUGCCUGACCUUCCAGGCCAGCUGGUGCACCCCCAGAUGGGUGGGAGCCCAAAGCCAGCACUGCCAGGCUCCCUGGAGUACCUGUGCCUGCCUCCUGGGGGACAAGUGCAGUUGGUUCCACUGUCCCAGGCCAUGGGUCAGGGACAGAAUGUGGAUGUGGAGUGUGAGUCUAGCCUGGGGACCACAGAGAGCCCUUCCAUGGAACCGAGGGACAGCCCUUCACUUGAGCUGAGUGUGGAGGAACAAGGGCCAAAGGACAAUCCAGUGACUCUGCCCAUAAGCUCUGGGGGCCCUGAGGACCCUGUGGUGGCCUCUGGUUAUGUCACCCCUGCAGAUCUGGUGCUCACCCUGCCCGCAGCGUCCCUGCCUGUCUCUCUGGGCUCCACUCUAGGGUUCCCCUCAGCUCAGGGCCCCGGUCUCUGUCUCAAGCUGCCUGGGGUCCCUCCUGGAAGCCCAGCUCUUCCAGCACCAGAAGCUGAUGACUAUGUGGAGCUCCCUCCAAGCAUGAGCCAGCCCCGCAGGUCCCCUCUGGGCCAUCCUGUCCCUCCUGUGCCAAGCAGCCUCACAGUGAGGCUAGGAGAGCAGAGGGAGGAGGUAGCCCCAGCAUCCCCACACCCCGAAGGUCUCCUUGUUCUUCAGCAGGUGGGGGACUACUGCUUCCUCCCUGGCCUGGGGCCUGGCUCCCUCUCUCCACAUAGCAAACCACCUUCUCCAGGCCUGUGUCCUGAGACUGUGGACCUAGACCAGGAUCUGUCUGUCAAGAAGCCUCCUUGCCAGCCCAUGCCCCAGGUGCCAGCCAUUCAGUUUUUCAAGUCCCUGAAGCACCAGGACUAUCUGUCACUGCCCCCUUGGGACACCAGCCAGCCUAGGAAGGUGUGCUGAGGUCACUCCCUGCCAGUCUCACCAGCAGCCCUGCAUCUCAGCCUGUAGAUCUCAGCCUGACAUCGCCACUGGAGCCCAGAGGCUCCCUGGGUGAGAUGCAGUCUUCUCUGCUCUCAGCCCUGACCUUCAGCAAUACCUACCCCAACUCCAGUUUCCUGGCUGUGGUAGGAUCUCACCUCCCUCCCUCUGACUUGUUGCGGUAGGGAUGGGACCAGAGAGGCCUCCCGGGGUGAGACCUGCAUGGUCUGUUUAGGGUUUAAGGGCUGCCAUGGGCUGUUUGUCCCCCUCAGGCACCAAUAUAUGGCACAGUUCUGGCUCAGUGCGGAGGUAGGAGGCUCUAGUGGAUACCUUGGGGGCCAGACUUGGAGAACAGGUCAGCUCACGUCACCCCAAGAAUGUGUGUGGUCCUCUAUGACUGUCUGAAGCUCCUGGGUAGACCCGAGGGUCCUUUCAAGGAGACUGGGGCCCUCAUUAUGUAGAGAAGUCACAGAUAUGGGCAAUGCUGGCUAGUGGCCAUAGUUGUGGCCAGGCUGGAGGGGUGGAAAGCAAUAGGGGAGGCUGGACUUCAAGACCUCAUGGUGUCAACUGCAGAAAAGCCAGGGUAUAAAUCCCUCGAAGGACAUGGGCAUGGUGACCACACAGGACAGCCCAUCCAAAGACUCAGUCUGUACAUCAGGGCUGCUCUCCCCUCAGAAUGCCUGUGCACCUGUGGCUCCCUCUGGCCUCUGGUGUGGGCCUGCUGUGGGAUUGUGGUACUAGGGAAUUACUACCCUGUUGACACUGCAGGCACAAUGGCAUUACAUCAUUCCAUCUCACUUACAUUAUUUCCUCGAGGUCAGGUUUGCACAUAACUUCUGUACACAUCCCGAGUAUGGGCUUUUUUGUGUUGUUGCUGGGGAGGAGGGCUCGGGGGCUGAGCCCAUGAACGAUUUUGUCCCUCAUAGUGUCAUCGUUUUCAGAUAAGCCUGCACAGCUGUCUCCACGUGGCCUUUUGUGGGGCACACACGUCUCCGUUCAAUGUGCCCUCUCCUAGUUGUGUGCAGGAGGCACAAUGGCACCUCAGCACUUACAUGUCUGCAUCGAGAGAGACCAGUUGCCGAGCUGAACCCCUCUUUGGGGCCACAUGUGCCUUCGUUUACAUUCUUUCUGGUUCUUUCCCCCUCUUGAGCUCUCACGGGAGGUUUUAACGUCUCUAGCACACAUGCUUACACUGUAGAGCUCUGUCUUUCUGUCUCCUGAGGACCUGGAGCCAGUGUCCACUGUGUCAGUUCUUCGCCCAUGCUCUCCAUCUGAAUCUGAAAGGCCCUUUUGUGACCCACCAAGUCCUCAGAUGGGCCUGGUCUGUCCCCGCAUCCUACCUCAUGGCCCCACUGCCUAGAUGGCAGCACGUCUGUGUUCACCCUUGCUUUUGACCUGUGGCAGGCAGAGCGAGUGCUCCUUAGUCCCAGUUACUGCAGCAAAGAAAACCACUGACAUCUUGAAUAUGUGUCAGUGGCAGAGUUUAUAAUAGCCUCUCAAUACAUUCUACCGUAGACUCUUCAGGGAAUUAAGCAAGAACGACCUCCAUGUGUUAAGACAUUGACUCCAAAGUGCAUUGAAAUAAAGGAACACUGUAAUAAAAUAUGUGUAACAUAUCACACAA